UUGAGCGUUCAUUGAAGUAUGAACGUAUUAGUUUGAGAACAAAAAAUGGUUCAAAAUGUAUUCAUUAAAUGUAAUGUGUUCAGUUAUUGUAUAUUGUUAUGUUUAAUUUCGGCAUUAACAUGUGGACACGCUCGAAAAAUAUCGAAAAUAGAAUUAAAACCAAUCGAAUAUGAAUCAAUUGUAAAACCAUUACGAGAAACGAUUAAAGAAGAAUUUCCUAGAAUAACUGAAACAACGACUGAAGUACCUACAACUUUUCAAAUACAACAACCCUAUGAACCAGAACAUCAGAUUUUACCAACAGCAACCGCUGAAGAUGAUAUUCAUGAGGUAACAACGAUUAUUCCAACAAUUCGUCAAGAUACCUACGACGAUGAAGCUGAUGAAAUCACACCACCUUCAUUAAUCGAACUAGUUGGACCUGAACCGAUGACAAUCGAAGAGGAAGACAGCUCUGAUGAAUUACCUCCACAAAUGUACGAUUCCAAUGGAAAUCCCGUUCCGAUAAAUUAUAUCACACCAAUCACGAUAAAUUCUCCAUAUCCUUACGUUCAAACUCAUGUACAUAUCCCAGGUCCAGAAAAUCUAUACAGUUAUAUACAAAACAAACGUCCUGCUCGUAAUUCUGGAGGACGUCACCAUUAUCAGAAUAAUUACUACCGUCCUUACGUCACCCAUGAUUAUUCCCGUCAAGAACCAAUCGAUUGGAAUCAUAUCCAGAAUAUUGUACAAGGAGUGCGAAGAUUACAACCUCAAAACUCUUAUGGACGCAGAUAUUUUGAACCACAAGUAAUUUCAGCAGCGGAUUUAGAUGAAAUUGUUAUCGAUAAUCGACAAUCAAACGAUAAUGAAGUAAUAUUUUUAAGUAAUAAUGUUGAAACUGUUCCAAGUGUUCCAAACACAUCGCAAGAUAUUGUUAUCAACAAUGUUGUAAGUAUCGAAGAUGUUGAACCAGAAAAUAACGUACAAGUUAAAGAAAAUGUACAUCAACUAUUGAGCAACAUUGAAUUAAAACAUCCCGAACAAAAAGUUUACAAAAUCAACGUAGUCGAAUCAACCGAAAAUCUCGCUGAAGUUGAUGAACUAAAUAAUAAUUUAGUACGAUUAAAAAUUCAAGGAAAAGUUAAUCAUCACGAAUUAAAUUCCCGUGAACAAACCGUACAAAAUUAUGAUAACGUAGCGAUUAUUAAAACUCGUCCGGGUAGUGGAAUACAUGGUGAUUUAACAGUUGAUGUACACGGUCAUGUCCGAUCAAAUGAGCAACAAUCACGUGAAAAUGGACGAGUUGAUAUUCAUGUCCAUGGUAACCUACAAAGUGGAGAAAAUGGAAAUAUCGUGGUUGAUGAACGGAAACAUUAUAAUAUCCAUCAACAAGAUGCGCACUCGCAUAUCUUAGAACGGGAUCAUUUACGAGUUGAUGCAAAAUCACACGAAAGUCGUGAACAUAUCAAUAUUGAUAAGUAUACACGAACGAAAACCAAUGAAGAUCAGGAACACGUAAUAACACGUGAACAUGUCAAUCAUAGUAAGGAUAAUGCACGGGAACAUUUAAAUUUACAUGAACAUCGUAAUAUCCAUGUUGAUUCGAAUGAAAAUCAACAACACGUUAAGAUCAACGAACAUGAAAAUUUAAAUUAUCGUGAUAAAGUCCAUAACGAGCGAAUACAUUCCUCGGAAGGAGAACAUUUUAAUUAUAAAUUGAAUCAACAAAAUGGAGAUGAACGUUUUUAUUUAAACGAGCACAAUCAUUUAAAUGCACGUAAUCAACAAGAACGUGUACAUUUACAUGAAUCGAAUCGUGUAAAAUCAAACAACGAUCAUCUUUAUAUUAACGAUCAUGCACAUGUUGAUCUACGCACACCAAAUGAAAAAAUCAAUGCUAAUGAACGAAUUGUCGUCCAUAAUGAUCGUGAUCAAGAAGAUAUUCGUUUUUAUAAUCGUGGACAUAUACAUAAUCGUUUACAAAAUCAACAAAAUCAACAGGAAAGAAUUCGUAUCGUUGAAAAUGUACAAAAUAUUGGUGUGAACGAGAAUCAACAAGUCUUAAUCAAUAAACCAAUAAGAGUUUCAUCAAUAAAUCAACAACGUCCUGAAUUUGGUUAUCGUAAUGUACAACCACGUGUUCUUAAUCAACAAGUUCGUAAUCGAUUGGUAAAUAAUCGUAAUCAACAAAAUGUUUUGGUGUCGUCGGAUGUAUCUCAAAAUGUUGUUGGUGGUGGACAGAUAGUUAAUCAACAAGCUGAUUCAACGAUAUUGUAUUCUAAUGAAAAUGAUGGAUCUAAUCAACAAAAUCAACAGAAUAUUCUAGUAUCAUCUGAUGCCUCACAAAAUUUGUUUGGAAGAGGCCAGAUAGUUAAUCAACAAGCUGAUUCAACGGUUUUGUAUUCUAGCAAUGAAAGUAAUCAAGGUUCAUUGUCUAAUCAACAAAAUCAACAGAAUGUUUUAGUUUCUUCUGACGUCUCCCAAAAUGUUCUUGGAAGAGGGCAGAUAGUUAAUCAACAAGCUGAUUCAACUAUUUUGUAUUCCAGCAACGAAAGUAACCAAGGCUCAUUGUCUAAUCAACAAAAUCAGCAGAAUAUUUUAGUGUCUUCAGACGUGUCUCAAAAUGUUCAAGGAAGAGGUCAGAUAGUUAAUCAACAAGCUGAUUCAACUAUUUUGUACUCUAGUAACGAAAACAGCCAAGGUUCAUUGUCUAAUCAACAAAAUCAACAGAACAUUUUAGUGUCUUCAGACGUAUCUCAAAAUGUUCGUGGAAGAGGCCAGAUAGUUAAUCAACAAGCUGAUUCAACUAUUUUGUACUCUAGUAACGAAAAUAGCCAAGAUUCAUUGUCUAAUCAACAAAACCAACAGAAUAUUUUAGUGUCUUCAGACGUGUCCCAAGAUAUUCGUGGAAGAGGUCAGAUAGUGAAUCAACAAGCUGAUUCUACUAUUUUGUAUUCCAGCAACGAAAAUAAUCAAGGUUCGGUGUAUAAUCAACAAAAUCAACAGAAUAUUUUAGUGUCUUCAGACGCUUCUCAAAAUGUUCUUGGAAGAGGUCAGAUAGUAAAUCAACAAGCUGAUUCAACUAUUUUGUAUUCCAGCAACGAAAAUAACCAAGGUUCGUUGUCUAAUCAACAGAAUAUUUUAGUGUCAUCAGACGCAUCUCAAAAUGUUGUUGGAAGAGGUCAGAUAGUUAAUCAACAAGCAGAUGCAACUAUUUUAUACUCUAGUAACGAAAAUAGAUACGGCUCUCGAUCUAAUCAACAAAAUCGACAGAAUAUAUUGGUAGCUUCGGAUGCAUCUCAAAAUGUUGUUGGAAAUAGUCAAUUAGUACAUCAACAAGCUGACUCAAAUAUUUUGUACUCCAAUGUCAAUAGUAACAGACUUGGUUCCUCAUCAAAUCAACGCAAUCAAGAAAAUAUUCUAGUAUCUUCCGAUGUUUCCCAAAAUGUCGCUGGAAGUGGUCGAUUAGUUAAUCAACAAGUUGAUUCAAAUAUUUUGUACUCUAGCAAUGCAAACAAUAACAGACAUGGUUCCUCAUCAAAUCAACGCAAUCAAGAAAAUAUUGUAGUAUCUUCAGAUGUUUCCCAAAAUUCAUUUGGAAGUGGUCGAUUAGUUAAUCAACAAGCUGACUCGAAUAUUUUGUACUCCAGCAACGUAAAUAACAGACAUGGUUCUUCAUCAAACCAACGCAAUCAAGAAAAAAUUUUGGUAUCUUCAGAUGUUUCCCAAAAUUCAGUUGAAAGUGGUCGAUUAGUUAAUCAACAAGUUGAUUCAAAUAUUUUGUACUCCAGCAAUGCAAAUAGUAACAGACAUGGUUCUUCAUCAAAUCAACGCAAUCAAGAAAAUAUUGUAGUAUCUUCCGAUGUUUCCCAAAAUGUCGCUGGAAGUGGUCGAUUGGUUAAUCAACAAGUUGAUUCAAAUAUUUUGUACUCCAGCAAUGCAAAUAGUAACAGACAUAGUUCCUCAUCAAAUCAACGCAAUCAAGAAAAUAUUGUAGUAUCUUCCGAUGUUUUCCAAAAUGUCGCUGGAAGUGGUCGAUUAGUUAAUCAACAAGUUGAUUCAAAUAUUUUGUACUCUAGCAAUGCAAACAAUAACAGACAUGGUUCCUCAUCAAAUCAACGCAAUCAAGAAAAUAUUGUAGUAUCUUCAGAUGUUUCCCAAAAUUCAUUUGGAAGUGGUCGAUUAGUUAAUCAACAAGCUGACUCGAAUAUUUUGUACUCCAGCAACGUAAAUAACAGACAUGGUUCUUCAUCAAACCAACGCAAUCAAGAAAAUAUUCUAGUGUCUUCAGAUGUUUCUCAAAAUUCAGUUGGAAGUGGUCGAUUAGUUAAUCAACAAGCUGAUUCAAACAUUCUAUACUCAAGCAAUGCAAAUAGUAACAGCCAUGGUUCCUCAUCAAAUCAACGCAAUCAAGAAAAUAUCCAAGUAUCUUCAGAUGCCUCCCAAAAUGUAAUUGGAAAUGGGCGAAUUGUUAAUCAGCAAGCCGAUUCCAAUAUUUUAUACAGAAACCAAGGUAGCUCUUAUGGCCGUGUUAACCAACAAUAUUUGAAUGGAAGAUAUGCCCCAAUCAACUCUCAACAAAGCAGUUAUGAAUCCACUCAGUACUCACAAAGAGGUAAUUAUCAAAAUUAUCGGAUUGGUGGCCCACAAUCGUACCGAAAUUAUGUGCCAAGACCCAUUACAGUUUCUGCUAACGAACCUUUAAUUGGAAAACGUAACUCUGAUGAACAUGAACAAAGUGUUGAAAAUACACAUUUUGUACAAGACCGUAGAAAUUUUGGUCAAAUAUAUGAAAAUGCUCAAACUGUUUCAGCCUAUGGUGAUGAACAAGGUUACUAUGUAGUUCCACAACAAGUGUUUGUUCCAGUUAAUCAAGUUAAUCAAGAUAUUAUCAAUUCAAAUAUAAUUGCUGAUGAAUUAUUAUUAGAUCCAAUUUUGGAUAAUCAACAAAAUUUCGAUAAUCAAGAAGUGAUUUAUGUUUAUGAAGAUAGUCCAUAUUUGGAUAAUCAAGUUUAUGUGGACAGUCAAUCAAAUAGUGGAAAUCAACAAGUUUAUGUUAGUAGUCAAGAAUCGAUUGUAUCAAAUAAUGGAAAUCAACAAGUCUCCGGAAAUAUUAACUCAAAUGUUAAUAUUUUGGAGAGACAAAACUCCAAUGGUGCAUCAAGUGAGAGAAUUAAUAUCGAUAGCCAAGAAUCUCUCAGAGUAAGAAAUGGAAAUCAACGAAUCAACGAGAAUAUUAAUUCGAAUAUCAAUGUUUUGGAGAGACAGAACUCAAAUGGAGCAUCAAGCGAAAGAAUUAAUAUUGAUAAUCAAGAAUCUCUUAGCUUAAGAAAUGGAAAUCAACGAAUUAACGAAAAUAUUAAUUCGAAUAUCAAUGUUUUGGAGAGACAAAACUCCAAUGGUGCAUCAAGUGAGAGAAUCAAUAUCGACAGUCAAGAAUCUCUUCGAGUAAGAAAUGGAAAUCAACGAAUUAACGAGAAUAUUAAAUCGAAUAUCAAUGUUUUGGAGAAACAGAACUCAAAUGGAGCAUCAAGUGAAAGAAUAAAUAUCGACAGUCAAGAAUCUCUAAGAUUGAGAAAUGGAAAUCAACGAAUCAACGAGAAUAUUAACUCGAAUAUUAAUGUUUUGGAGAGACAAAAUUCAAAUGGAGCAUCAAGUGAAAGAAUAAAUAUCGACAGUCAAGAAUCGCUUCGAGUAAGAAAUGGAAAUCAACGAAUUAGCGAGAAAAUUAAUUCAAAUAAUGUUUUGGAGAGACAAAAUUCAAACAGUGGAUCAAGUGAGAGAAUUAACAUUGAUAGCCAAGAAACCCUUAAAAUAAGACAAAACGGCGCUGGGAUUUCUUCAAACGAACGUGUAAAUCUACAAAAUAAUCAACGAGUUACCCUUUUAACUAACGAAGAUAUUGAAUCAUCAAUUGCAUGCAAUGAUGAUAGCUCCUCGGUUUCAAGCGUUGUAAAUAAUCAACAAAUCGUGUCCAAUGCAAAUAUCAAUCGUAUUGAUUCUUCCCAAGUAAUUUCUUUGAAUCAACAAAACCCCGAAUACGUUGUUUUGACACCGGUGGUUGAAGAAGUUGGUUCAGUUGAAAAUAUUCAAGCAACAAUUACCUACAAUGAAGGUGGUCGACAAAUUAUUGAAGAAAUUGAACCGGGAACCGAAAAUGGUGUUCAACAUAUUCGAAUAACUUCGGUUGAAGAAGAUGAUUGUGGUGAUUUAAUAACACAUCAAUUAAAUGCUGAUGUACGGACUGUCAUCCAAAAUGACAACAUCCAAAAUCAACAACAAGCCAUUACGAUUGUGGAAAAUUUACAAUUUAAUGAGAAUCAACAAUUGCAACAAUCGAUUAAUGAUCGUAAUCAAAUCGUAAUUCGUACCAAUAACAAUAAUGCUCAACAGUUAAAACCUGUUGAAAUCGGUUGUGAUUCAGUGGAAGUUGUAAGUAAUGUAGCAUUUAGACCAAUUGAAGAACGUCGUAUUCAGUCUUUUUUAGGCGAUUGUGGAAGCGACGGAAGCUUGCAGCGAGCUUCGCCGCUUCCACCAUUAACAGUGACACCAACCAACGCUGGCGACGUAAACGACAUCAUCAAUAAUAUAUUCAUUCGGGAACAAACCGCAUGUGAACGAUUACAAAAUCAACGAAAUCAACAAAAUCAAUUAACAUACUAUGUUGAUAACGGACAACGAACUCUUCCUCCAGUAAGUGUACCGAAAUUUGUUACACUCAAUUCUGGAUCAGUUUAUGAUGUAGGAUCAUCGAGUGGUAAUAUUGUAGCUAUUUCUGAAGUUGUACCUCGAACUGAUUCCAUUUUGGAAACUACUGCAUCAAUUGUUGAUGAUUUAGAUCAACAAGGAGAUGUGUAUCUUGGAGACGCAGAAAUUGGACCAGCUGGAGCCUUAGAUUUAGAAACCUUAUCAUUUAAAAAACCCGUUAUUAAUUCUCCAACGCCACAAUCACAAAUUGUUCAAAUUUCUCCCGACAAUUUAGAACGUUUAGGCUACGAUAAAUACGUACCAGAAACGGCAACGAAAAAAGCACCAAAAAUCAAUGUAAUCGAUAAUGAUCGGGAACAUCAAAGGCGUUCGAAACAACAACGCCGUCAACAAAAUCGUGGUUUCUUGCCCUUUCGUAAUGGACAUGUUCACGGAAUUUAUGGAUCGAUUGAUCGGCAAACCGGUUCGGAAACGGCGACAUUAUUAAAUACCGAUCAAUUUAGAGAUAUUGUGGCAAAUGUUGAUCCACAAAGUCCAGUGACCAUACAGAAAUUACAAAAACCAUGCCCACCAAAAGAAUUGAUAAUUAGUGAUAAUAUUCGUGUAAUUAAUGGAUUUUCAGAUUGAGAACGUGAAAAUGUAUUUGCCAUUAUUUUUAAUCGAAGAUGUUAAAGAUAUUUUAUAAAAAGUUGUUAAAGUUUUUUUAUUUUAUUGUUAUUAAUUUUUUUUUAUUGUAUUAUGUAAAUA